AUGAGCCAGAAUGUCCGCCCACAUCGGUGCGCAGGCUCUUGUGGUUCUGAUGCCCUGUGCUUGCAGCAGAGUUUUGAGUUGCCUGCUGAGAGCAAGUGGGUUGGUUUAAACAGCAGCCUCAAUUGUUUGGGACGGCAUGCGGGACAAGGGCACGCUGGCCCAUGCCUUUUGCCUGCCUUACAACACUUGCAACCAGCAACUAAGCACUCAAGGGAUGAGCGUGAGCGACGUCGCAAGGACAGAUGGGCAAAACGGGCGAGAUCUAGACCAAGCAAGCCGCUCAGCAAGUCAAGGCCAAAACCAAGGUCCACUGAGAUCUGUCAAAGUGAAAGUGAGAUCCAAGACCUUCGUCGACCAAUUAGCUCACUAAGCGAGCUGUCGCUUCCAUCGCCAAGACGGGAAGAAGACGAUGACAUACUCUCGGCCUCUGCGGUUUUGAGGGCAGCUCUCACUGGGAGCUUCCUGGACUUGGAGGACGAGAGCGUGGAAUUAAGGGCUUCAGGCCCACCAUAUGCUUGGAGCCCUUAUUCAAGCAGCCAAGAUGAAAAUGACGAUUCAAAACAAGCCAGCUCCCCUCAGUCCAGGGAUGUUGACCAGUACAACCAUUCGGCAACCAAAUUGAUGCGCGGUGCCAAUCCAAAGGACAGUGCCCUUAAGUACACUGCAGCUGCUUGA